AUGCAUGAUAAUACAGUAGGUCUAUUCAGUAGUUGGACCUUUGAAUCUACAUGUAUUCAAUCCUAUGCAAGUCACUGCUGAGAAACCAUGGUUCAUGUAAUGUAAAGCUACAUUUACAUGUAUGUGCACUAUUUUGCUGAAAUAUUUUUUCCCUACAAAUCUGAAUGCACAUAGCAAUAAACUUGAAUUAAAUUUCAUGACUCGAUGCACUACAUGUACAUGUAUGUAUUGUAACAUUUGCAAGAACAUUAUGACCUGUACAUGCCCCACCCCUCAAUACAUGUUCGUGAAAAACCUAUUGAGCCAUCAUGCAUUUGUGCAUACAUUUUGAGUAAACUAUAGUGACUUCAUGGAAGUUUGUAUGUACAGAAUCCUCACAAUAUUUGUGUAUACUGUACCUCUAGUUCCUGAGACUCCUUGUGUUUUGCUAUUUUCACAGGACUAAAUACAUACAUGUAUUCUUGUCUGGUGUGAGGUAAUAGGCCUACAUGCUAUGUAUGAAAUCAGCUGAUAAAACUUUGCAGUUGAAUAGCAAACUUGUACUUUGAUCCUGCAUUGUAUACUGCUUAACAAACAGCUUGAUAUAAAUUAUAUUGUUCAUGUAGUUGAUUCACAGAGUGCAAUAGCAAGUGAAUUUAAUUACACAUAGAAGUUGCUGAUUAAUCGGACUAUUAAACUGUGUAUUGGAUUUCCCCGUAUGCAGCGUGUUCCAGUAGAAUUACCAGUCAUGAAUAUUGGAAAAUUUUUCUUUGGCGGAUCCAGCAGCAAGCACAAGCGGCGUAACAGUGCCGACGAUUCCCACGCCGGACCAAGUACCCCUUCAUCGUCAUCAGUGGCAUCACCUUCACCGUCACAAGGACCACAGCGUAAGAGCCGAUUACGCCGCUCUCUGAGCAUGAAGCGGUUACGGAGGAGUUUUCGUAGCAAGGAUACGUCCUACGUGCCCCCAGCUAGCAAGCCACACCAAUGGCAGCAAGAUGAGAAGCUGGUCAGGGGAGGGACUUGUAACUUUACUGUCAAGUAUCUUGGUUCAGUAGAGGUAGGAGAGUCUAGAGGCAUGCAAAUAUGCGAGGAUGCUGCCAGACAAUUGAGGAUGAGUACAAGAAAAAAGCUUCGGGCAGUUCUGUGGGUUUCAUCAGAUGGAUUGAGAGUAGUUGAGGAAGAGAGUAAAGGCCUUAUUGUUGACCAGACUAUAGAAAAAGUGUCCUUUUGUGCACCAGAUCGGAACAAUGACAAGGGGUUCUCCUAUAUCUGCAGAGAUGGUACUACAAGGAGGUGGCUAUGCCAUUGCUUUCACUCACUACGAGAACCUGGUGAACGUCUGAGCCAUGCGGUGGGUUGUGCAUUCGCAGCAUGUCUGGAACGCAAGCAACAGAGGGACAAGCUGUGCGGAGUCAAGGUAGAGUUUGAUGUCAACAAGACAAGCUUUACCAGACAAGGAUCCUUCAGGGUACCUACUAUGACUGAGGCUAUGGAUGCAGCUGAAGCACGUAAUGCUAUAGAAGAGAAGGAAAAUGAAGAAAUUCCUGCAGCAAAGGACAUCGCUCCAUUGCCUCAUGCUAUCCCAAGACGACAUGCUAGCAGUGAUAUGUUGAUCAGGCAAGGUUCUGUACGCCUUGGUAAAAUCAAUGAAGCUACACCAUUCAAGCGUCAACUCUCCCUCAGGCUUAAUGAAUUGCCUUCUACGUUGCAGCGCCAACAGCAAGUUCUACAAACUCACCCAGAAGUAUCACCGCCCACAUCACCACAAGAAACGCCAACCAAAACACCAACAACCAAUGGUCACUCUACUCUGAUCAACGGUAGCCAAGUGGGUCAGCAGAACCAAGAAUCUAUAUCAGCAGCAUGUGCUCAGCUAUCUGCUGGUCUAUACCAACUCUCUGAACAUGAGGAAGCAGCUGCUGCUGCUGCUGCUUCGGCUACUCCUCCACCAGUCCCUCAAAGACCUAAUGUAUCACAGAGGAUACCCACAGAGAGCAGGACUCAUCCUCUACCUCAACCUGGUAUACUUAGACCUGAACCAGGCCCUAUCAAACAGAAGAACCCUUGGGAAGGAUCACCAAUGGCAAGCUCUACAGGACAACCAACCCCUCCACCCCGCCCCAAACCAGCACCAGGCCUCACCCAGAUUACACCAGUGCCAGGUACAGCCAUCAACCCUUGGGCAGGAGUCACCCCUCCCUCACUCAAUCCAUCUAGUAAGCAGAACGACCAAUGGUCAUCAUCACCCAUGGUCAACCCUAUUCCGUAUGGAGGUGCUGCUGUCAAUGGUCAGCAGGUAGCAUCUGUCCAGGUACAUGGAGGAGCCAUGCCUAUCCAAAAUGGAGUCGGUAUGCAGCCUCAGCCAAUGUCUGCUAACUUCAACAAUGCCAACAGCAUGGCUAUCCAGCAACAGCAGUAUAACCAAGGAGGUAUCGGUGGAACAUGGACAGCCGAUCUGUCAAGGACUUUACCACAAAAUGUGUAUUCUGCAAAUCAACAACCUUCUUCUUGGUCUGGCCCUCAACCCAACCAACCAUCACAGCCGCCUGCAAAUAAUCCAUUUAACAAUGCUGUCAAAACCUUUGAAAUCAACCUAUGAGGAUGUAGAAGAAUAGCAUCCCACAUACAACAAAGACCUGCUGCCUUACAGAUGCAUACGGACAGUGUGUCUUCAUUGCUU